AUGCGAUUGAAGGAUAAGGUUGCGUUAAUCGCUGGUGCCGGUUCAAAUAUGAGCCGUGCGACUGCGUUACUUUUCGCCCAAGAGGGUGCGAAGGUGGUCCUUGCCGCACGCACGACAGAGACGAUGGACGAAACAGCGGAACGCAUCCGUGCCAACGGUGGCGAUGUGCUAACGCAUCAAACCGAUUUGACGGACGCAGCACAAGUAGACGCGCUGGUUGACGCUGCCGUAACGGCGUUUGGCGGUGUUGACUGUCUUAUCCACGCCGCGGGCGGAUUUUUCUCAACCGAACACGACAUCACCACGAUGGAACCAGCAUAUUGGGAUGGCGCAUUACAAAACAAUCUGCAAACAUUGUUCAAUCCUGUGCGUCGGCUUGUUCCAGUUUUAGAAGUGCAUGGCGGUGGAUGCCUGAUUACUAUCUCCGCAGGUGAACGGGUACGGCAAGACGCUAAUAGUGCGUAUGCUGUUGCGAAAGCCGGAAUGGUGGCGGCAGCAAAGAACCUAGCGAAGGAAUUGUAUGCUAAAAACAUUCGGGUUCAUGCGUUAUGUCCGGGUAUCAUCUGGGAUCCGUUGCCGGACGGAGAAAUCGUCCCUGCGGAAGCGCAGUUGGAGCGGCUUGGCAACCCGAUUGAUGUGGCCUAUGCGGGCACUUUGGCUCUGCUCGGACGAGGCGGCGUGGGUUACAGGCUUGGAGUUGACAAUUGA